AUGGCCUCUGCAAACAAAGGAAAGAUUCUUGCCGUCAUCGGUGACGAAGACACCGUUGUUGGAUUUCUUCUUGGAGGUGUUGGUGAAUUAAAUAAGGCACGAAAGCCGAACUACCUCAUCGUCGACAAGCAAACAGGUAUUCAAGAGAUUGAAGAAGCGUUUAAGUCGUUCGUUGCUCGAGAUGAUAUUGCUAUUAUUCUCAUCAAUCAGCAUAUUGCGGAAAUGAUUCGAUAUGCGGUUGACCAACAUACGGCUUCCAUUCCUGCGGUGUUGGAAAUUCCCAGCAAAGAAGCUCCCUAUGAUCCUAGCAAGGACAGCAUUCUUAACCGUGCAAGAGGGCUUUUCAACCCUGAAGACUUCCGUUAA